AUCUUGAUGAAAGCCGAGUUGGCAUUAGUAAGAGAACGAAUUGCUUGGACUCGUGGACAGUUAUGCAGAGUGGAUGAACGUAUUUUAUCUCUGAAUGAAGAAUUGUGGAUGACUUUAAAUGAAGAACACUAUGCAACAGCUAAAAGAAUGAUCUCUGCGUCUUCUACGAAAACUUUCAACAAAGCACGUUCCACUCAGAUUGCCAAAUUCACAAAAUUGACGUCCUUUGGUCGGACGCAUCGCAGACAAGAAGAUUUGGCCAGUCAUCCACUACAGCGCACCGUUAUCAAUAUGAGUGCUAGAAGACUUACGCCGGUUGAAGAAGAUGUCUUGACUCUUGGAUGA